GGCCAUAUAGCAACAAGCAGAUCAUAUAGCAGUACUACUGGUGAAUCCCACAUGUAGUUACAAGCACUGUAAGAUGUCCGAGUAAUGAUACAGUUGAAUUCUCCCCCUCACGAUGUCCGCGAACCUUGCGAGACUCAAUGCCACAAUUGUCGCCCAUGAACAGCUCAAAACAAAAUUUUUGACCUUUAAAGACCAAGCAGAAAAGAAGUUUCAGUUCCUAUACAAUGAGAACAAGCUUCUGAAAGCCGAAAACUCGCACCUGAAGUUGCAACAAAAAGAUGUGGACGAGCGUUUGCGACGCAUCGAAGCACAGGUCGGCAUUGAAUAUAUUGAAGCCGGUGAUGAUGCAGAUAUCGAGAAUGAUGAGGGUGAGCAGGUAGAUGAUGGUGGGCAGCAAUCUAGUGCAAAUGUGAAGGCGGAGAAGGAUGAUCAGCAGCGUGCAAGUGAUGAUACACUGAAGAGCAAAUAUAUAGAGGACCUAGUAGGCGAAAGCUUCAAAAUUCUGCUAGGCAUCCAGAAAAUCGAUGCACAGCACUUACCAGGCUACCCAAUGGGUAUCGGAGAAGGGACAGAUAAAUGGCCGAAAGAUCCUGCUACAGGGAAAGACUUGAUUCGCUUUGACUGGUGGGUAGGAAAGCAUGAUGACAGUAUCAACACAACAGGUCUGCAGAGGAUAGUCGAUAGGAUCCGUCUCGUGGGACCACAGAUGGGCGAUGCAGCGAAGGGGAUUCUCAGUGCGAUCCUUCCUGGCCAAAUUGAAAAAAAUGUGCGGACAAAAUAUAUGCGAAUGGCGGGCGAAUACAGAAAAGCGGACAAGAAAAGGAAACGAGUAGAUGAAGAUGAUGACCUGGGGGAUGAUGUAGAGAUUGUUGAUGGAGGUUUGGAUCGUGCGCACAUGAAUUCACGUGUUCAAUCAAAACUUGAUGUGCACAAGAGGAAACGCAGAUCAAAUGAAUAUGAUGAAGAUGACCCAGAACAGCGUCCAGGUGAAGCACGCACCUUCUUGACAAUGGAGCCAGAAUGGCGAAGCCUUGAGUUGUCCGCGCUCUUCGCAGCCAUAGAUGAGGUAAAAGACCCGCGACCUGACCAAGCCAAGUUAGCGAAGCUGCGGAGAAGAACAGAUGAACAAAAGACAGGCCCACCACCUCUUGCACGAACCUUGGCCACACGUAUACGUUCAUGGAUGGUCAAGACUGACAUCCUCGAGGAAAAUGCGGACUGGUUUGACUCCGGGCGCGUUGCUCACAGUGGUGAAGCAUGGGGUGAUGAGGAGCCAAGGGAGCUGGUGAAGGAUAGGAAAGGAAAGGGGAAGGCUUGGGACUCCGGAACUGCCAAGAAGGUGAUUGUGCGCCAACGAAACACUGUCGAUGAGGCUAGUAUGAGCGUGCUUGAGACUGCGCAGCAAAAGCUUGGCGAAAUUCUUGAAGCUUGCAAUGUCACCAUCUUCAUCUGA